AUUAUAUGGUUUCCGAAAACCCUAGUCGCUCGGUUGGUUCCUUUAUAAACUUGUUACUCAGCCGCCGCGCCGAGAGCACUGCAAGAGCUCUUCGCCCGAAUCGACGACCAUGGGUAUCGAUCUCGUUGCCGGCGGUCGGAGCAAGAAGGCCAGGCGCACCGCUUCCAGAUCCGACGAUGUCUACCUCAAGCUUCUCGUUAAGCUCUACAGGUUUCUGGUGCGGAGGACCGGAAGCAAAUUCAACGCGGUGAUAUUGAGGCGGCUUUUCAUGAGCAAGAUCAACCGGCCUCCCAUCUCGCUUAAGAGGCUAAUUACAUUCAUGCAAGGGAAGGAUGACAAAAUAGCCGUCAUCGUUGGGACGGUUACGGAUGAUAAGAGAGUGUACGAGGUGCCCGCUAUGAAGGUGACGGCUCUAAGGUUCACUGAGACGGCUAGGGCGAGGAUCCUAAAGGCCGGGGGAGAAUGCUUGACUUUCGACCAACUUGCCCUUCGAGCACCUCUGGGGCAGAACACUGUUCUCUUGAGAGGCCCGAAGAAUGCCAGGGAAGCGGUGAAACACUUUGGUAAAGCUCCCGGCGUGCCGCACAGCCACACAAAGCCUUAUGUCCGAUCCAAGGGGCGGAAGUAUGAGAGGGCCAGAGGACGAAGAAACAGCAGGGGAUUUAGGGUCUAAGUUUGAUAAGCUGGUAGAUCUCUUGUGUCUUUUACCAUUUGGGAAGCAAUCACACAAGUUACCAUCUCGAAACAUUGACCUUCUUGUUCUGUGAUUUUGAUUGAAGUUGGAUGUGUUUUCGGACCUCAUGUUAGCAGUCGAUAUAAGUUGUAGCUGGUUAUGAUCCCAAUUGCGGCGGUGCCUCUCCCCUUCUCUGCCCCCCUGCUAUGCACAAAUCAUGUACUGAUAUGUUCACAGUAUGUAUUAUCCCUCUCAUCGUUUAUAUUCAUAUGCACCGUUGACGAUGA